AUGACCCCGCCGGCCGUGCGCCUGGCGCUGGUUCUUCUGUCUUGCGUCGUAUGGAUGUUGUACAGCUGCGCAGACGACAACGGAUGGACUCUUCACGGCUCCCACUGCUACAAGAAGAUGGAGAAAACCAACGGUUGGCUGGGGGCUCAUCACGACUGCGUCUUAGAGGGCGCCGACCUUGUCUCCUUCACCGACGAGAACGAGCAAGACUUUGUGAAGGGGCAGAUGGGCGACAAGCCGUUCUGGAUCGGACUCUCCAAUCGGGACUGCACAAAGGAGUGGUGUUGGUUUUAUGAAGCGGGAGAAAAGGAGCUGAUUUGGUCCAACACCAGUAUGACGCCGGACUACACCAAUUGGGACACGCGUCAAAAGGGAAGCUCCAACGUUGAGGCCUGCGCGUACGUCAACCAAGGUGCGCGCUCCUCCAGUCAGCCUGGCAAGUGGAGACAUGGCUCGUGCGGAUCCUCCUUGGCGUACAUGUGCGAGCGGCCGCUCGACGCAUCUGCUUCCAUUUACUAUCGACUGGAGACUUCCUUCUGCGACUCUGGCGAGUUCCUGUACGAGGACUCGUGUUACCAUUUUGAGGGGACAGGUAGAACCUGGCAAGCGGCUGAGGAUUUCUGCAAGAACAAGGGAGGUCACCUGGCCAGCGUCCACUCACUGGUUGACAGACAAUUUUUGGCUGCUCACGUGCGGCAAGAUGGACAAGGAUUGUAUUCUUGGCUGGGACUCCGCCGGAACAAUGGCAAGUUGGAGUGGAGCGAUGGAUCAGCUACAGAUGACGUCCCCUCGUCUCUUUCUACAUCAUCAUAUGACUGCUCCAAAUUGUCGGAUGAUGGUCAAAUUUACAUGGACACUUGCGGUGACCCUCGUCCAUCCAUCUGUCACAAAGGCAAGGCCAGAGAUUUCUUCCGGUAUCCUCCGGUGACGACAUCAGCAUCAGGAUCAAUCAAGAAAUGUGACGGAAAAAAGGGAUGGACUCUACACGGCUCCCACUGUUACAAGAAGAUGGAGACAACCAACGGUUGGCUGGGGGCUCGUCACGACUGCCUCUGGGAGGGCGGCGACCUUGUUUCCCUCACCUCCACGGACGAGGAAGACUUUGUGAAGCGGCAGAUGGGCGACGACUCCUUCUGGAUCGGGCUCUCCAAUCUGAACUGCAAAGAGGACUGGUGUCAGUUUUUGGAUGCGGGAGAAAAGAAGCUGACUUGGUCCAACACCAGUAUGACGCCGACCUACACCAACUGGGACCCGCGUCAAAAGGGAAGCUCCAACGUUGAGUCCUGCGCCUACGUCAACCAAGGUGUGGACCUCUACAAUCAGCCUGGAAAGUGGAGACAUGGCUCGUGCCAAUCCUCCUUGGCGUACAUGUGCAAGUGGUCGCCCGAUGACUGCCCGGACGGAUGGCCGUGUUCCUACAAAGACUUGGGUUACCGUUCCAAUCGAGUUGAGACUUCCUUCUGCGACUCUGGCGAGUUCCUGUACCAGGACUCUUGUUACCAUUUUGAGGGGACACGUAAAACCUGGCAAGCGGCUGAGGAUUUCUGCAAGAACAAGGGAGGUCACCUGGCCAGCCUCCACUCACUGGUUGUCGGACAAUUUUUGUUUGCUCACGUGCGGCGAGAUGGACAAGGAUGGUUGGCUUGGCUGGGACUCAAGAAGAACAAUGGCAACUUUGAGUGGAGCGACACAUCAUAUCCAAAUGAUGUCCCGUGGUAUAAUUCAUACAGAUCAUCUGAGUGCUCCAAAUUGACAUUUGGUGGUAACGCUCACCUGACCCAAUGCAAUGACCUUCGUCCAUCCAUCUGUCGAAAAGGCAAGGCCAGAGAAUUUCUUCCGCUUCUUCUGACGCCGACAUCAGCAUCAGGCAAGAGCCCAAAGUGCGGCUGGUGGCAGGAAAACCCCGCCAAGGACGGCUUCUGCUACCUGAUCAACUCCAAGCCCACCAAGACCUGGAAGGAGGCGCGAGACAAGUGCGCCCGCCUCAGCGGCAACCUGCUCGGCUUCGCCGACUCGCAGGAACACGCCUUCAUCCAAGGUCUUCUGCCAAACGCUUCCUCUUUGUGGUUGGACACCGACGACACCACGGUUGAAGACGGCAGCGAGCAGUCGGCCCAACCCUCACCCGAUUCCGUCCAGUUGGCCGCCGCAGGUGACUCCAGUGACCCCUCCGGUCGACGCUGCAACGCCUUACUCAGUGGCGAGGGCGGCCGGGAAGUCGGCGAUUGCGAGAAGAAGCGCGGCUACGUCUGCAAGAGAAGAGUCGUUCAGACAUGUGAAACAAACCAAGGGUGGCGUCGCUUCGGCUCCAACUGCUACAAGAAGACGGAGACCACCAACGGUUGGCUGGGGGCUCGUUACGACUGCGUCUGGGAGGGCGGCGACCUGGUCUCCAUCACCUCGCCCUACGAGGAAACCUUUGUGAAGAAGCAAAUGGGCGACAAGCCCUUCUGGAUCGGACUCUCCAAUCUGAACUGCGACAAGACCUGGUGUCGGUUUUUUGAAGCGGGACAAAAGAGGCUGACUUGGUCCAACACCGCUGCGACGCUGAACUACGUCAACUGGCACUCAGGUCAAGACGAAAGUGCCAAGCUUCAGUCCUGCGCCUACGUCAACCAAGGUGUGGACGACCACAGUCAGCCUGGAAGGUGGAGACAUGGCUCGUGCGGAUCCUCCUUGCCGUACAUGUGCAAGAGGUCGCCCGACGACUGCCCGGAGGGACAGCUGUGUUCCUACAAAGACUACGUAUUGGGCUACCAUGGAAUGGAGACUUCCUACUGCGACCCUGGCGACUUCCUGUACAAUGGCUCUUGCUAUCACUUUGGGAGGAUGGAGCGCACUUGGAAGGAUGCCGAGAAGUUCUGCCAAGAAUCGAAAGGUCACCUGGCCAGCGUCCUCUCAUGGGACGAGGGCAAAUUCUUGGCUGCUCACGCGCCAUAUGUAGGAGGAUUGCAAUCUUGGGUGGGACUCAAGAAGAACAAGGGCAACUUUGAGUGGAGCGACGCAACACCUGCAGGCAAGAUCGAGUGGGUCCCAAACAGGCCGGCCGGACGUGGAGAGUGCGCUGCCUUGUCGCAGACUGGAAAACUUGAGGACUGGCCCUGCACCAAUAUUCAGCCAUUCAUCUGUAAAGAAGCCAAGGUCCAAGACUUUGUUCUUCCUCCGCCGGCAGGCUGGAGCGCAAAGUGCGGCUGGUGGCUGGAGCGAUCCUCCUCCGACUUCUGCUACCUGAUUCAACGCAAGCCCACCAAGACUUGGGAGGAGGCGCGAGACGACUGCCUUCGCCGCGGAGGCGACCUGCUCAGUAUCGCCGACUCACAUGAACAGACCUUCAUACAAAGUCUGUACACUUUACUCCCGAGCGCUCCCUCUCUGUGGUUGGGCGUCGACAACAACGUCACGAAAGACGGCAGCGGGUGGACUGACGGAUCCCCGUUGGGUUACGUCGUCAUGGACGAAGAUGACCCCGGUGACCCCGCUGGUGCGUCCUGUCUUUCCCUGCUCACAAGCAACGGCCGCUGGAAGUUUGACGAUUGCCGGAAGAAGAGAGGCUACAUCUGCAAGAAAAGCGGAGACACGUCAAAAGCGCCGCGCCCUCAUGACGGCUUUAAGGAGAUCCUUGUCUGCGACAAGCAUUCUGCUGACCUCGUGUGUGAGGCUGAGGGUCAGAAGCAAAGCCGCAUCACUAUCCAGUCCGCCUUUUACGGUCGGCGGAGUGACGACGUUUGCCAGGAGGACGCAGACUCAAACGACGACUACUCAUUCGACGACGACGACUCACCGGGAAACGAGACCACCUGCUCAGUGGAAGGCAUCGUCCCUCGCUACAGGAAAAUGUGCAACAGACAGCAAAAAUGCCACAUUGAGGUUUCGGAGGACGAGACCUGCCCUGCCCCCUCCAAAUAUCUGCAGAUGGUCUAUAGCUGUGAACAGAAAGUGUGUCUCGACAGUCUGGGCAUCUCCGACGGCAGCGUCGCAGACUCUUCCUUCAAAGCCUCCUCCUCAAUGGAAGACGCCACCCCAGAUAAAGCCCGCCUCAACGGGGAGUCCUGCUGGAAGCCGGCAAAAAAUGUCCUCGGCAGCUGGAUCCUGGUGAACCUCAGCUACACGAGAAAGGUGACUGCGAUCGUGACCCAGGGCUGCAAUAGCACCGAUAUUCGCUCCUGGAACAUCCCACUUGAGAUGAGACUGAGCGUUGAUAGGAAGAAGUGGACCAAACACCCGGACGGGAAGUUCAUCGGCGGUGGGACUCAUCUGCUUGAGACGCCCGCGUUCGCUCAGUACGUCCGCAUCCUGCCGCUGGAGAAUCGUCCAGAAUUCGGCCUCCGCUUCGACAUCUUGGGAUGCCCACAUGAGGAUAAGACCACCUGUGCCAGAAAGUUCAACAGCCUCCGCAUCACCGAUUGGAUGACCUUCUACUGUCCGCCGGGCUGUGCCAAAUACUUUGUCGCUGGAACAUUGGUCUACUCGGAGGACUCGCACAUCUGCGCGGCCGCCAUUCACGCCGGCGUCAUCCGGAACGACAUCGGAGGAGAUUGUAUUGUGAUGAGAGCUCCCAAACAGCAAGUCUACACGGGCACCACCAGGAACGGGAUCACCUCCAGAGAUUUGAACGACCCGCUGGGUGUGUCUCACACGUUUGCGGACGGGGAGCCCAGAUGCGCGGCGCCUGACUGGGAGGAGUUUGCCGGGUUCUGCUACAAAACGUUUGACGAGGAAAAGAACUGGGCUGAUGCGCAACAAGUGUGUCGUGGUUUCGGUGCCGUACUGGUGUCCAUCCGCAGCGAGAUGGAGCAGGCGACGGUGAAAACUGUCUCCCACCUCGAAACCAGCGACAUGUGGACCGGACUGAACGACCUGGCGCUUCCCGGCACGUUGGUGUGGUCGGACCGCCACGAGGUGACCUUCACCCACUGGGCCGCGGGAGAACCCAUCCAGCGCGUCGGCCUCGACCAACACUGCGUCGCUGUGUUACGGCAGGUGCGUCCUCAAAUGAGCUUUGGGAAGAAGAAGAGCUUUGCGCUCCACUGA